AUGGCUGACCGCACCUGCCGUCUGGUGAUUUAUGCGGACCCGGACACCGAGGCAACGGUCAUGUCGAUGAAGAUUAGGUGCAUACACAGCAAGGCUGGCUGUAAGUGGAGCGACCAGCUUAAACAGCUACAGAGCCACCUGGUGACGUGUCGCUACGACGCGGUGCCCUGCACGAACAAUUGUCCGGCGAUGCUAGCUAAGAUUGCGCUGGACGACCACCUGACGUACACGUGUCCGCGCCGCAAGGAAACGUGCGAGUUCUGCAGCCGCGAAUUCACCGGCGAAAUGCUCGAGGGCCACCUGGGAAGCUGUCAGUUUGAGCCAGUGUUCUGCGAGGAGAAGUGCGGUGCAACCCUGCAGCGUCGCUUCCUCUCCAACCAUCUGCUGAACGAGUGCAGCAAGCGGCGAGUCGCCUGCAAGUACUGCAGCCGCGAGUUCGUCUACGAAACCCUCACCGUGAGUACACACAAAAAUAACCACUAA